UUUAUUUUAUUUUUGAUCUAGAAUUAAUAAUUACUGACGCGAUAUCUUGUGUAUACAAUUUUCUUAUUACAAUUGCAGCAAUGUUUAGUUCAAAAAUUACUAGGCUUGCAAGGGUCUCCCAAUUGCUUAAAUCCAACAUUAGGCCUAGCUUAGGAGUCUCAGAAUGCCAUCAGAAACGAACAAAGACCGAUCUAUAUGAACCAGAUUACCUAAUUAGUAUGGAGCCGGACGAGCCGGUGUACGACUGCCUGAACCUGCAGUUGAAGGGCUAUGACUUUGCUGUGCUGGAGGCCUGUCAGAAGCAGAUCCACAGAUAUGCUGAAAUUAUGGGCAUACAGGUUGAUGACAGUUGGGCCACUCCAGCUCAGAAGCUGAAGGUGCAGCGGUUCAAGCCGGGAGGCACCAUCGUUGAUGCAGAAUACAACCUCAGUGUUUAUGAACGCAAUGUACAGGUAGUGGACGUGCCUGCGUGGGCGCUGGGCACGCUGCUGCGGUGCGCGCGCGCCGCGCUGCCGCAGGGUUGCGAGCUGCGCGUGCACGAGCACGCCGUCGAGCACGAGGAGAUCCGCUACGUGCCCGACAACCAGCUGCUCGAGCUCAAGCAACAGCUAGAGGACAUGGGCGGCAGCCGCGCUGAGAAGAAGAAGAGGAAGUAGACUUGUAGGUUAUGUAGAU